GCAGGAACCAGGGUCUUAGUUCUGGAGUAGUUGAUGUACCCCUUUGAUGUAUCCCUUAAAAAGUCCCUGCUCGAAGGGUAGUUUCCUUAAAGGUCCAGGAACUUUGUGGGACGGGGCCUGCGAUUGAAAGAGUACCCUCAUUGUUUUUAUCUCACCCUCCGUCCACCAUAACCUCACACACGCCUGUGAUUCACUUGAUAACUCCUGAGCAUUGGUCUUCUCUGUGCCUGAUAGUGUGAAUGCGUCUCUGUCAGCCUUGCAUUGCACUUCCCAGACACCGUAGUUUCCAGCGUCCGUGAUUUCUCUAACGCCCGUGAACGCACCGGAGUCAGUCGAAUGUGAUGUAGGCUGAUCGGACGAUGUGCGCAUGCGUCCUGGCUCAGCAACAACAUCAGGAGGAUGGCGGAGGAUGGUAAGGAAGACUCUGUGGCCACUGACGAGGACUCAGACCACACAGCUGCGGACGGAGGAAACAGCCUGAACAUCACGAUGACGGAGGACGGAUCCACCCUGAUGCGAAGGAUGGAGAUCUGUGUGGUGGAGGCCGAAAAGAGAAGUGGGAAGAAUGCCGUCAACAUGCAGGAGGCGUUCACUGUGUACCUCAUCGAAACGCGGCCGAUGGAUGCGGUCGCUGACGGUCGUAACCCCGCCCCCGACUCUCUGUGGAGGAGGUACAGUGAAUUUGAGCUGCUGAGGAACUACCUGAUUGUUACCUAUCCAUACAUCGUGGUGCCGCCUUUGCCGGAGAAGAGGGCCGAGUUUGUUUGGCACAAGCUCUCUGCAGACAACAUGGACCCGGACUUUGUGGAGCGACGUCGAGUCGGGCUGGAGAACUUUCUGCUCCGCGUGGCGUCACAUCCGGUCCUGUCGAAUGAUAAGAUCCUCUACCACUUCCUCACGGAGGAGCACGGCUGGAAGGAGGUGGUGUAUGAGACAGGGUUUCAGGCAAAGGCAGACUCCAGGCUGAGAGCACUGAGUGCCACCUUCAGGGUGAGGAAUCCAGAUAAGCGCUUCAUGGAAAUGAAACAUUAUAGCGACGAGCUUCAGUCUCACACGUCUCAGCUGCUCCGAGCUCGAGCGAGAGUCGCAGAUCGGCUGUACGGAGUUUACAAGGUCCAUGGGAACUACGGCAGAGUCUUCAGCAGUGUGUGUGUUUGUGUGUGUGAUAAACUCCCCUCACUGUGUGUGUGUUUGUGUGUGUCUCCAUGUUUUCUCUGCAGUGAGUGGAGCGCCAUAGAGAAAGAGAUGGGGGACGGGCUGCAGAGUGCAGGUCAUCACAUGGACGCGUUUGCUGCCUCGAUAGAUGACAUCUUAGAGGAGGAGGAACACUACGCAGACCAGAUCAAAGAGUAUCUGUUCUACGCUGAGGCUCUGAGGGCAGUGUGCAGGAAACAUGAGCUGACCCAGUUCGAGCUGGAGAUGGCCUCUCAGGACCUGAUCUCCAAGAAGCAGCAGCGUGAGGAGCUGGCUACAGGGAUCGUGCGGACAUUCUCCUUUAAAGGGAUGACCAACAAGCUGUUUGGACAGGAGGCUCCCGAGCAGAGAGAGGCCAGACUGAAGCUGCUGGAGGAGCUGAUCGCGGAGGGGGAGGAGACGGUGAAGGAGAAAACUGUCGAGUGCGCAGAGCAUGUCGAGCGAGCGUGGGUGGACAUGCAGCGCUUCAAGGAGCAGAAAGACAAAGACCUGCGGGAGGCACUCAUCAACUACGCCGUCAUGCAGAUCAGCAUGUGCAAAAAGGGGAUCCAGGUGUGGGGGAAUGCCAAAGAUUGUUUCCUAAAGAUGUAGAAGAAGCCAUAAUAUGUAAGGAAUGACGCUUCUGAGGUCUGAGGAAGUAAAAGCAACAAAGUCGCCCUUAAAGAUAUUUAACGUACAACGUUCAUGUGCAGUUAAUUUGUACGAGCUCUUAACAGUCGCUGCUACUUUUUGUGGAUGUUUGAAGCAGGAUGGAUGCUGGGAAAUGUAGUACACACGAUUACAAAGCUUGGUUUUGCUACACAGAACAGACUAAUCAAUGCUGAAGUCUGUUAAUAACAUCUAAACCUACUGCCUUUGAUGGAAACUAAUCAUGCAUAAGAUACAGGAGAUGAUAUUUUACUGAAACACAUAUAACCCUGAUAAAAAAAAAAACAUUAUAUGCUUUCAAUUAAACUCAAAAUGUAUGAUUUUGAAGAAUCUGUAAAUUUUAAUGAACUUGAAAGAUAUUUUUAUGUUCUAUUUGAUGAUUUUUGGACGUGUUUUUUGUUUUUUUUUAUGCUUUUGUUUGUGUUUUGUGAAGUUUUGUGAAGUUUUGUCCUUGCACUUUUAUAUCCCUAAUUUUAAUGUUA